AUGCAAAACUGGUUUGCCCAUUCUGUAAGACGUGACAGCAGAUCCAAGAAGGGAUUUCCACGACGCAGAUCCUUGUACUCGAGAAACUCUGGCGUGCCAAUCUCGAUCCCAAAACAGCAAAACACAGAUUGGUCAGCUUUGGAUCCCUUGCAACGCUGGCAGAACAGCCCACCAGAGAAUGAACCGGCGUCUAUAACUGCCAUCAACCAUGCAGUUGCUUCUACCGAUCUUGAUCGACAUCUCGCUGUGGAGUCUGCAAGCAGCAGUAGAGUCAGUACACCUGGCAUCGAACCACAAGGCUUUGGUUACGCAGCUCGCCGAAUGUCGAGACCGGCCUCAAUUAGCAGUCUGGAAAGUGGUACCUCGAACGGAUCAGUGGACUCGAUACUGUCAGGACGUUCAGGUAACUCUCGUAUAUCUUCGGGUUCAGUCCAUCGGAAAAACACACGUGGCAAGGUCACCAAAUCCCGCGCCCGAGCAGCACCUGGGAACGACGACCGACCUUUUCCAUGCACGUUUUGCUGUGAUACUUUCAAGAACAAAUUCGAUUGGUGUCGUCACGAAAAGUCGUUGCAUUUCAACCCUGAGCAGUGGGUUUGCACGCCCGAAGGCGAAGUGGUCACUUGUCCAUCUACCGGAGAUAUGCUUUGUGCAUACUGUUUGGUUCCUCAGCCGAGCAAAGAGCACCUGGAAGGCCAUAAUUCAACUGCUUGUGCACACAAAAACGUGGAGGCCAGGAGCUUCAAGCGCAAAGAUCAUCUUAUUCAGCACCUGAGACUCGUGCACAAAUGCGAAACAAUUCCCACCAUCGGGGAGUGGAAGCCUCCAGAAGUCCCUGUUAAAUCACGCUGUGGCUUUUGUGGCGCUGAGAUGAAUGAUUGGAAAGCUCGAGCUGACCACUUGAGUAAGCACUUCCGAGAAGGGAAGAAGAUGUUGGACUGGAGGGGUACGCAUGGUUUUGAACCACAUGUCGCCACUCAAGUCACAAACUCGAUGCCUCCCUUCCUCAUUGGCUCCGAGUCAAAAACACCGGUUCCUUUUUCUGCCACGAAGCCUGGACAUUCGGAACUUCUUGCGCAAAUCUCUUCGAGGGCAGCAUUAAACAAUGCAGCAAACUCCGGCAACGCUGUCAUUGUGGAUCCUUCACCAUCUCCUGACAAUCGGCCGGUCGAAGGCAACCAGCAGUUCAACACAGCAUGGGAGGUUCUGGCCUUCCAUCUUGGAAGAUUCGCUCAAGAGAAGAUAAAAGCGGGAGUCGUGCCUACAGACGAGAUGUUCCAACAAGAAUCUCGUCGGCUGUGGUUUGACAGCGAUGAUCCAUGGAACCAGACGUUCGCUGAUGACACUCAAUGGAUGGAGAUUUUCCGACAAGAGCAUGGCCUGCAUGACGGCAAUACUCCUGAUGCUGUGUAG